AUUCAGUAUCCGAAUCACCGUCACUGACCUGUCCGUUUGAGAGCUGAAAAUCAAAAUUCAUCAGCGCUUCAACUCCACUUCCCGUCAAUUAGGGUUUAUUCGCACCUGGCGCAGCUACUUGAUCAAUUCAAGAUCUCAUUCCAGCGUCGGAGUAAUCUCGGGAAACCAUGUCCAAGAGGAAAUUCGGAUUCGAAGGAUUCGGCAUCAACCGUCAAUCGAGCUACAACUUCGAGCAAUCUCAAGCUCCACAGCGGCUCUACGUCCCGCCUUCCUCUCGCCACAGCCAUGACAACUACGAAGACACGGACCUGGACGACAUCGAUCACGACGAGAAUGAAAACGCCCCCAAGGAUGCGGCCGGCGAUGACGACAACAAAAACGGCGCCGUCGACGAGGAAGAAAUCGACCCUCUGGAUGCUUUCAUGGAAGGUAUACACGAAGAGAUGAAAGCAGCGCCCCCACCGAAGCCUAAGGAAAAGGUGGAUAAGUAUAGGGAUGACGAGGAAGAUGACCCCAUGGAGAGCUUCCUGAGGGCGAAGAAAGAUGUCGGGUUGACGUUGGCGGCGGAUGCUCUUAAUGCUGGAUACAAUUCGGAUGAGGAGGUUUAUGCUGCGGCGAAAGCUGUGGAUGCAGGAUUGCUGGAUUAUGAUUCGGAUGAUAAUCCGGUGGUGGUUGACAGGAAGAAGAUUGAGCCCAUUGCAGCUUUGGACCAUACUUCCGUAGAUUACGAACCCUUUAACAAGGAUUUCUAUGAGGAAAACCAGUCCAUAGCAGGGAUGAGCGAGCAGGAGGUAGCUGAGUAUAGGAACACUCUGGCUAUACGAGUUUCAGGUUUUGAUGUUCCCAGGCCAGUUAAGACGUUCGAAGAUUGUGGAUUUUCAGCACAGCUUAUGGGUGCUAUUACCAAACAAGGAUAUGAAAACCCAACGCCCAUUCAACGGCAAGCUUUCCCAAUAGUCCUGUCUGGGAGAGACAUAAUCGGGAUUGCGAAAACUGGUUCUGGUAAGACUGCUGCUUUUGUACUUCCCAUGAUUGUACAUAUUAUGGAUCAACCUGAGCUUCAGAAAGAAGAAGGGCCAAUUGGAGUAAUAUGUGCACCUACUAGGGAGUUAGCUCACCAGAUAUACUUGGAGGCAAAGAAAUUUGCUAAACCAUAUGGGUUGCGAGUCUCUGCUGUCUAUGGUGGAAUGUCUAAGCUUGAGCAGUUCAAAGAACUGAAAGCUGGUUGUGAAAUAGUUGUUGCUACUCCAGGUAGAUUAAUAGACAUGAUUAAAAUGAAAGCGGUGAACAUGUCUAGAGGGACUUGCUUGGUACUUGAUGAGGCAGACAGGAUGUUUGACCUUGGAUUUGAGCCUCAAAUAAGGUCUAUUGUUGGUCAGAUUAGGCCAGAUAGGCAGACUCUACUCUUUUCAGCUACCAUGCCUUACAAAGUUGAGAAGCUGGCCAGAGAGAUUCUUUCUGACCCUGUCAGAGUUACUGUGGGGGAGGUUGGGAUGGCCAAUGAGGAUAUUACUCAAGUAGUCCAAGUUAUUCCAUCUGAUGCAGAUAAGCUUCCCUGGCUUCUCGAGAAGUUACCUCCAAUGAUUGAUGAUGGAGAUGUUCUAGUGUUUGCCUCAAAAAAGGCCAUGGUUGACGAGAUAGAGUCGCAGUUGGUUCAGAAGGGGUUCAAAGUUGCAUCCCUUCAUGGUGACAAAGAUCAGGCUUCAAGGAUGGAGAUCUUGCAGAAAUUUAAAUCGGGUGUUUACCAUGUCCUUAUUGCAACUGAUGUGGCUGCUCGUGGGCUCGAUAUUAAAUCGAUCAAGUCGGUUGUCAAUUUCGAUAUUGCCAAAGACAUGGACAUGCAUGUGCAUCGUAUUGGUAGGACUGGUCGUGCUGGUGACAAGGAUGGAAUUGCUUAUACUCUUAUCACUCAGAAAGAGGCACGAUUUGCAGGGGAGUUGGUCAACAGUUUGGUUGCUGCUGGUCAAAAUGUCUCUGCUGAACUUAUGGAUCUUGCUAUGAAGGAUGGAAGAUUCAGGUCCAAACGAGAUGCAAGAAAGGGAGGUGGUAAGAAGGGCAAAGGCAGGGGCGGUGGAGGUAAUCGAGGAGUCCGCGGCGUGGAUUUUGGUCUGGGAAUCGGCUACUCUCCUGAUUCUAGUUGGUCCUCGUCUCAGGAUAGACCCGGUAGAUCAGCAGCUGUCAAUUCGAUCCGGACAGGGAUGAUGGGACAGUUCAAGAGCAACUUUGUCGCUGCUUCGUCGAAUUCUCAAAACCAGGGAUUUAAUAACAACAAUCAUGGUCCAAGUCAUGUUCCCAGCACAAGGCCUGCAUUACGCGGGUUCGUCUCAGGUGGUUCAAUAGGAGGUGAUGCAAAUCGAAUUCAGACACCCAGUAGUAGCACAUUAUCUGGAUUUGCCUCUGCUGGUUCAAUUACCGGAGAUGCAAACAGAAGUCAGAACUCAUCAGGAAAUACCAGUCAAAAAACACCAGAAAGUUCGAGAAGCAAAGGCAGAGAACGGCGGAGACCCUCUGGUUGGGACAAUUGACGUAACGUGAUAGUUCGUUCCCCUCUACCGCCCACAUGAACAAGCACGAACCUUGUGGGGUAGAGUUUGUAGUUUGCCUGUAUGAUUCGAGUGCAUCUUUAUACGAACUCUCUUCUGGGAGAUCUUGUUUUUUGUUAACUCGGAAUGAUGUUGUAUUUGUUCAUAGUUGUAUAAAUUGAUUGGCAUUAGCGAUGUCAUAAUAACUUUAUUAAAUGCUGCUGUAGUUUUUCCUCUUCGGUCUGAGAUUUCAGAUUAGAAUUACAUAAUACACUUGGGUGGGUGGGUUUGGAAAGAAUGAUUUGGGUUUAGUAUUUGAUAUUUGGAUUUCUAAAUGUCAAAUCAUGUGCUUGGAUAUUAAUAAC